AUGGUAAAUGCCAUGCAGUUACCCAUGGACAAGCCGUUGGGCGCGGAUGACUUUGCGGAAAUGGAGGGACAACUGAGGCAGUGCGUGGAAGAAGACAGGCAGUAUUCGCGCGUAAACGACGUCAAAUGCGACGCGAUACACACCGCGAAAACUUACGAGGAAUUCGCAGACCGUGUUGCCGCUGCGCAUUUGCGUCCAUUGGAUAAAGCAGAUUAUAAGAACAAACACCCACGCGGAUGGAAUCAGUUUGCCGCCAAAAUUAACGACAAA